ACAUUUUACUGGGUCAUUUCCUUCAUUUUUAUCUAAGACCUUGUGGUACAAGAUGAACAUGCCAGAGACAUUUCUUUCCAUCAUUUAUAUAUGUUCCUGCACAACUUUGAGAAUUCAGUGACCUAUGAUGAUGUGCAUGUCGACUUCACUUGGGAAGAAUGGACUUUACUGGAUCCUUCCCAGAAGAAUCUCUACAAAGAGGUGAUGAUUGAGACCUACAGGAACCUCACUAUUAUAGGAUACAAUUGGAAAAACCAUAAAACUGAAGAGUAUCCUCAAAGUUCUAGAGGAGAUGAAAGGUCAUUAAGAAUUUCAAUUCUCUCUACUUGGACUCCCAGAGUGAGAAUUGUUGAGACCAAGGUUGGAUAAAGCACAGGGACAAAUAGCCAAAUGAACGGAAACACAUGAACUAUGAACCAAUGGCUGAGGGGUCACCAACUGGAUCAGGCCCUCUGAGUUGGUGAGACAGUUGAUUGGUCUGAUCUGUUUGGGAGGCAUCCAGGCAGUGGGACCUGGUCCUGUGCUCAUUGCAUGAGUUGGCUGUUUGAAACCUGGGGCCUAUGC